AUGUCUCUACAACAACAGAAAGACAGAAGUAAAACAGGAAGAGGCUCUGAGCUGGUCUGCGUCAGCCUGGAGUCGGACUCAGAGCCAGUCAGCAGCAGGAUGGAGCUCACAGCACUCUGCUUCAGCCUCAUGAUGACUGAGAUGAUCCUGCUCAGUGGACGGCAUCACGAAGUGUAUGCAGCUUCUCUUCGUAUCGAUCCAAACCGAUCUCAGUUCUUUGAGUAUGAAUCAGUAACAUUUUACUGUGACAGGUGUUUGCGUUGUCUGCUUGUACAUGAGUCCAGAGGAACAAUACAAAACAAAAACAGCACAAAUCAGCAAAAUGCAGCAGAAACGUCCUACGUUAUUAAAAAUACUUAUGGCCACGAUAGUGGAAAAUACUGGUGUGAGGCUGGAGGAGACAGAAGCAACAGCGUCAACAUCACUGUCACUGAUGGUUCUGUGAUGCUGGAGGUUCCUGCUCUUCCUGUGAUGGAGGGAGACGCUGUGACUCUGAGAUGCAGAAACAGGACGGCUUCGUCGCCUUCAGCUCAUUUCUAUAAAGACGGAGUCUUCAUCAGCAGCAGCUCCACAGGAAACGUCACCAUCCACAGGGUCAGCAGCCUCCAUGAAGGACUCUACGGGUGCAGCAUCUCUGGAGCAGCAGCAUCAGCACAGAGCCGGCUGGUGGUCGGGUCACGGCAGCGAGAACCAGGCUCUCCUCUAGAACCAGGCCCUCCUGCCUCCAGUCACACUCCGUGGGUCGUUGUCACUGUGUUGCUGGUGCUGCUGCUGUUGGUGGUGGCAUUGGGUCACUUCACUCACAGAGUGCGUCGUCUGUCCAGACCUGGAUCAGGCUCCACUGACCACACAGCUGCUGAAGGAGCAGGAGACGCCAGCUUUGCAGCUGCUGCAAACACCGUGACCUACGCUGUGAUGAGGAAGAACAGGAAGACCCCGGACGGUUCCUCAUCUCUGGCCGUUUACUACAUGCUGGGUGGGGAUGACGCUGAAGAGCUCGAGCGGGUCGGGUCAGCCGGUACCGACCCACCGCCAGCAGACGAUAACUUCUAUUCUACAAUCCAGUUUCUGAGAAGGAACUGGCUGAAGGAGAAGCUCAGAAAUACGCUGUCGUCCUUAAACAAGCAGUUUCAGCCCGUAUGAUGUGUUUAAACGUGCAGUUACCAGCGUCUGUGUGGAUUAUGAGGCUCACAGCUUCAUUCCUGCUCUGAAACACGUUCCUGUGGAAAGUUCAGGGUUCAAACACCUCACACAUUAAACAGAAACAGAACUUAAA